AUGCAUUUAAAAACUUUCAUAUAUAUAUUUUUCUUUUUAAUGGUAUUCCACUUAAAUGUUUUUAAAAGAAAUAAAGGAAAUUUUUUUCUUUCAGCUCAUUAUUUAAAUUCAAAUAGUAAAUCUCAGAAUAUCACCGAUUAUUCUGAACAUAACAUAAGUGAUAAUUGUUUAAAUAAUAAGGUGUGCUAUGAUUCCUAUGCAAAGCAUUUAAGGAAAGCUUUAGAAACCUCUAAUUUAAACAUAAAUCAAGAAAAUAAACAAAUAUUUCCAAUCUCAAAUAAUUUAACAAAUAAUUUAGAAAAAUCUGAUAUUAAAAGAGUUACCAGAAAUAUUUCUAAAAAUAACGAAAUGAAGCCAUAUAUUGCUCGAUUAGAAGAAUUAAAAAAUGUUAUGAAAAGAAAUAAUAUUGAUGUAUAUAUAUUAAUGAAUAAUGAUGAGCAUAAUUCAGAAGUAAUAAAUGAUAAAGAUAAAAAGAUUUAUUAUUUGAGUAACUAUAGUGGGGAUGAUGGAACUUUAAUAAUAACGCAAGAUAAACAAAUAAUGUAUGUUAAUCCAUUAUAUGAAUUACAAGCAAACAUUGAAUUAGAUAAAGAUAUUUUUACACUAAAAAUUAUGAGAAUAGGUAAUUUAGAUGAAAUGUAUGAGACAAUUUCUUCUUUGCAAUUUAAUAAUAUUGCUUUUGAUGGAAAAAAUACUGGUGUUGGAUUUUUUGAAAAAUUAAGAAAUAGUAUUGCACGUAGAUAUAGUAAUAAAAAAAUUGAGGAAAAAGUAAUAUAUGGAAAUAACUUUGAUCAUUUAAAACAAAAUAAUAAUAUUAAUCUCUUGAUAUUGGAAAAUUCUUUGAUAGAAAUAAAAGACUUCGAAGUAAAUACAAAGAGUGUAUUCAUACAUGAUUUAAAGUUUAAUGGAUCUUCUGUUUCUGAAAAAAUUAAUAAAAUGAAGCACUAUUUUAUUGAAGAAAAUAAAAACGUAAAUAAUUUAUUAAUUUCUGAAUUAGAUGAAAUAGCUUAUUUUUUAAACUUACGUGGUUAUGAUUACAAAUUUUCUCCUUUAUUUUAUUCUUAUUUAUUGUUUCAAUUUAAUAGACAGAAAAAUAAUUUUGAUAAAAUUAUCCUGUUUACUAUCGUUAAUAAUUUAACAGAAGAAGUUAAAGAUUAUCUAAAAAAGAAUAAUAUCAUUAUAAAGGAUUAUGAAAAUGUAAUAGAAUAUUUAAGGGAUAACAUAUCAACGAAAAUAAAAAAUAAAAAUGAUAAUAAAACUGUUAUAGAUUUAACAGGUGAUAAUUGUAACAACAAAGAAAUUAUAAAUUACGAUAUUUCAUUAAGUCCUUAUAUUAAUUUAAUUAUUUAUAUGCUAUUUGAUAAAAAAAAUGUUUUAUUAGAAAAAUCACCAAUUGUAAAUAUGAAAGCAAUUAAAAAUGAUAUUGAAAUAGAAAACAUGAAAGAAGCACAUAUAUUAGAUGCUUUAGCAUUAUUGCAAUUUUUUCAUUGGGUUAACGAAAAAAAAAAGUCGAAAGAGUUAUUUAAUGAAACGGAAAUUUCUUUAAAAAAUAAAAUAGACUAUUUCAGAUCAACUAAAAAGAAUUUUUUAUUUCCUUCUUUUACUACAAUAUCAGCAAUAGGAUCCAAUGCAGCAAUAAUUCACUAUAUGCCAACAGAGACAAGCAACACUAGGAUUUCUCCGAGUGUAUAUUUAUUAGAUUCAGGAGGGCAAUAUCUUCAUGGGACUACUGAUGUUACUAGAACUACUCACUUUGGGGAACCGACAGAAGAAGAAAAAAAAGCAUAUACAUUAGUUUUAAAAGGACAUUUGCAACUAAGAAAGGUUAUUUUUGCAUCUUACACUAAUUCUCUUGCAUUAGAUUUUAUGGCUAGAUCAUAUUUAUUUAAAAAUUAUAUGGAUUAUAGUCAUGGUACAGGUCAUGGGGUUGGUCUAUCUUUAAAUGUUCAUGAAGGAGGUUGCUCUAUUUCUCCAGUUACUGGAACUCCUUUAAAAAAAAAUAUGGUUCUUUCUAAUGAGCCUGGUUAUUAUUUAGAAAAUAAAUUUGGUUUCAGAAUUGAAAAUAUGCAGUAUGUAAUCAGUAAAAAAAAAAAAGAAAAUACGGAAUAUCUUUCCUUUAACGAUUUGACUCUUUAUCCAUAUGAAAAAAAAUUACUAGAUUUUUCUAUCUUAAACCAAGAGGAAAUUAAUGAUAUUAAUGAGUAUCAUGAUACCAUUAGAAAAAAGUUGCUUCCUUUAUUAGAAGAAAAUCCAACAGAAUAUGAUAAAGGUAUUAUAGAUUAUUUAAUGGAAAUUACUGAACCAAUUUCAGUCAACUAG